AUGAAUUCAGCAGCAGCGAGCGGCUCGGCUCCAUUCUCGCCCGUCACGUUCAACGACCAUGCCGGGAAGCUGUGGAUUGUCACGAUUCUGGCGCUGAUUUACAGCACGCUGGCGGUCAUGGCACGCGCGUAUAUCAAGUACAAGAUGCUUGGCCUGGAUGAUUUAUUUCUUGCCUUGGCAACGGUAUUGCAUUUAUCGCAGUCCAUCGCAAUAUUCGUUGGCUUGAACAAUGGCCUUGGCAAGUUCAACUCGAUUACACCGCCGGAACAAUGGGCCACAUCAUCAAAAUGCACUCUCGCAGCCGUUAUUCUCACCUUAUUGGCCCUGAGUUUCGCCAAGUGCUCUGUCCUCGCCCUCAUUCUACGCAUCAUUGGCACCAAGGAUGGAAAGACCAAAAUCAUUUGCAUUACACUCAUGGCCAUCAGUGCGGCUUGGGGCGUGGGCUCCAGCUUGGCAUUUCUCAUCAACUGCCGCGCCGAUACGUUAUUGACACUGGAUAAUAUCAAGCAAUGUCCCCAUCAGGAAAUACGAUGGGCAGUGAUUACGGCCGUUGACGUCUCCAUCGAGAUACUCACUUGGAUGCUGAUUGUGCAGCUAUCCUGGACAGUCAACAUGUCAUUCAUCCGCAAGUGUCAAGUGGCCAUGGUCUUUUCCUUCCGUCUGCUGCUCAUCGCCCUCUCGGUUUCCCACCUGGUCUAUUUCGACAAAUACCCAACCUCUGCCCAGCCGCAGUUUGCCGUCGCCAGCUCUCUGCUCUUCCAGCAGGUCAUGAUUGUGUGGUCCCUCAUUUCUGCCACCGUGCCCAACAUGAAGAACUUUUUGAAAUCCUUCUCCAUCGGUAUGGGGUUUCCGCUGCCCCCUGACCUCAGCUGGUAUGAAUCCAACCAAUCGUACCAGCUCCAGUCGCUCGAGAGACAGCCACGGGGCACUUCAUCUACGGCAGCCGCAGCCGCAGGAACAGUUGCCUCUGCUGGGGCUUGCGACCCCGGUGACAGCAGGCUCCGCAGUCGCCCGUACAACUGGAGACUGGGCCAGGGCUUGGAUGAGGCCACUGCCAAGGGACGCAGCAGCAACAAUAGCAGAGAGGAACUAUUAGAGCUGGAAGAGGAUUAG